GAUCAUCUUCCAGACUUUCACAGAGCUUGAAUUCUACGUGCUGCACACAACUCUUUUCUUCAUAUAUACAUAUACCUGCAUACAUACACAUAAACUGCGGAUCAGUGCAUAUAUCAGUAUUACUGUAGAUAUGUGUAUAAGCUAAGCCACCCUUCAACAAUCAAUACCCAGAAUUCAGGCUGUCAAAAUAAUGGAUUCUUCUGAGCAACGGCGCAGGAGAAAACAGAGUUUAAGUAAAAUUAAGCUUAGCUCUGUAAGUGUUAAGUCGUUUAUCUUGUUGGUUUUAUUCACUUCACUCUUUUUCUGGUCGUAUCACAAUAAGAUUGUGAUCACACCCUCUUCUCUUCAGUCGGUUUCAAUUCUUGCUUCUUCUAGCUUGUCAGUGUUAUCUUCAUCUUCUUCGAUAAAUUCUGCAGACACGUAUAGGAUUGAGGAUCAGGUUCGUUUUCCUGAUCAAAUUUUGUUAUUGGUUUCGAGAAGAGCUGGAAAUGAUUUGAUGAUUGGGAAGAAUGAUAGGUUGGAAUGUAUUUAUGGUACAAGUUUUUUCAAUGAAUCUGAUAGUAACAAGAUUGGUAGGGUGACAAGUAAUAGUUUGUCAGUUGAUGAAUAUACAGAUGAUCGUUUUAUUGUUAGGUGCCCACUUCCACAGAUGAAUUACUUGAAAGUGGUGGAUUUGGUGUGGUUAGGCAGAAGUUUGAGCUAUUAUGACGGAGAUGAGAGUUUAUGGGGAAGGAAUUGGAAAGUUAAUUCUUGGGAGAAGGUUGUUUAUGAGGCGGUGCUGGACGGGGAGACUGCAGUGGUUUUUGCUAAGGGAUUGAAUUUGAGGCAGGAUAGAGAGUCAGACCCAACUCAAUUUAGUUGUCAUUUUGGGUUGGGAAACUGGGAGAGGGAUGAGAGGUUUGUGCUUACAACCAAGGCAAUUACGGCUGCUCAAGAGGUUGUUAGGUGUUUGUUGCCGCAAAGCAUUAGGAGUCGUCCUGAGAAGGCUGAAGGGAUUCGAGUCACGAUUGGAGUGACCCGUCAUGUUCAUGCCAGAGGUAAAGAUUACGAGCUUAUGCCUUCAGUUGCUAAACUUUCUAACUCGAAAGUAAUGGUUAAUCAGAAGAAAAAAUACGAGCUCUGUGCAUGUACAAUGGUAUGGAACCAGGCUUCUGCAAUUCGGGAAUGGAUAAUUUAUCAUGCCUGGCUUGGGGUUGGGAGAUGGUUUAUAUAUGAUAACAAUAGCGAUGAUGGAAUUAAGGAUGCUACAGAAGAGCUUGAUCGUGAAGGGUACAAUGUCAGCAGACAUAUGUGGCCUUGGAUUAAGACACAAGAAGCGGGUUUUUCACAUUGUGCUCUCAGAGCCAAAGAUGAAUGUAACUGGGUCUCCUUCAUGGAUGUUGAUGAAUAUUUCUACUUCCCAAUUCCAACACGCAGCCAACGCAGGAAUAAAAAUUUAGUUUUCCCUGGUCAGGAUUCCCUGCGACACAUGGUUGCAAAUUUUUCAUCAACAUCAAUCGCGGAGAUAAGAACAACUUGUCGCAGCUUUGGACCAUCCGGGUUAAGAUCACCACCCUUACAAGGAGUCAUAGCAGGGUACACUUGCAGGCUCCAAUAUCCCGAGAGGCAUAAAUCUAUUGUACGUCCUGAUGCACUUGACGACACACUUCUCACUGUGGUGCACCAUUUUCAUCUAAAGAAGGGAUAUACUCAUCUCAAUUUGCCACAAAGCAUUGCAGUGAUUAAUCACUACAAGUACCAGGUGUGGGAGACCUUUAAAGUGAAGUUUUUCAGAAGAGUUGCUACCUAUGUGGCUGAUUGGAAAGACAACCGAAAAGAAGGGUCAAGAGAUAGGGCACCUGGAUUGGGUACAGAGGCGAUUGAGCCGCCCGAUUGGCGGCUACGCUUCUGUGAAGUUUGGGACACUGGCUUGAGAGACUUUGUUUUAGCUAACAUGGCUGAUCCUGGAAAUGGUUUACUGCCGUGGCAGAGGUCUUGAGAGUGGUAAUAAUGUAUAAAUCAUUUAAAGGCACAUAUACAUAUAUGUAGUUCAGGUUUACCAACCACUACCCUUCAUUUCCCCAUUCUUCAUAGGUUUAUACAAAAUAUUCAUUCUUAUAGCUAUAGGCAUACAUUUGGAAACAUAUAGAACAAAGCACAAAGUUCUAAAUAGCUGUAAAUUUCUUCUUCCUUUUUUUGUAAUAUAUGUGAAAUGGUACGUUUGUACUAGAAGUCAUUAAAUGAAAUAUCGAAUACUUUUCAGUCA